GCUAUCCAUCCACCCCAGAUCUAGUGCUCAUUGUGGCAGAAUUACAGUGCACUGGACUGUACAGAGCAGUGUAGCAUCCAGGCUGCUGUCUGUGAGGGGUGGGGUCCGGCUACACUGAUACCACCAAACGAAAGCUAACAGAGAGGCAGAAAAGGAGAGGAAAAAUAGAGCGCAGAGGGGGGAAGAUUUCACCUAAAGAGGACUAUAAAACGGGAUGAAAGGAGACACCCCAGUGAACAGUACCAUGAUGAGUGUCGGUCAGGCCAGGAAGCUGGUGGAGCAACUGAAGAUAGAGGCUAGUUUCUGCAGGAUAAAGGUAUCGAAGGCCGCGGCGGACCUGAUGGCGUACUGCGACGCUCACUCCUGUGACGACCCCCUGAUCAGCCCCGUGCCCAUCUCAGAGAACCCCUACAGGGAGAAGAAGUUCUUCUGCGCUCUGCUUUGAGACCAAUCAGGGAUUGCUGUGAUUAAAAGUACAACUGUACAGUACAUGUAUGUACAGUGUGUACUUCUGAUCUGAAUGAGACAUCAAUGUAGCCUACUAUAGGAACCUUGCAUAAAAGCUGCCGAUGUAAAGUACACAAUCAACUCUGGAACUAAAUUAUUUCACUGCUAAAGUCUCAAUGUAAGAGGGGAAAAACAAAUAUAACAAAACCCAAACAUUCAAUCGAUAGAGUCAGAGUUAUCAUAAUCAAAAGUAAAUAAACUUAGCUAUUAUUAGUUUAAUAACACAUGUCAUGCUUAUUUAUAUUAUAGGUAACUGCCAAAAAAGGAUAAUCAUAUGGAUCAGAUUUAACUGAGAGGCAAAGUCCCACGCUUUGGAUUUAGCUCGGUCAGAUGCUGCUCUGACAGAUCAAGGCUGUCACUUCGGCCCAUUAUAAUGUUCAUACAUUUGUGAAAAAAAAGCCUGUUAGGUACGUUUAUGAAAUGUCCUAUCUUGGUUGCUACGUGUAGAGGUAAUACCACUCUUCUUCAGAUUAACGCUCUUUCCGUGUUCUGUCUCCAUCAACAGCUAGCUUAGCCUUUUAGAGCUACACAUUCAUUCAAUAGAGGAACAAAUCCAGCGGAAUGAAUCCUAAAACCCCAGAAAUGAGUUGCACUUCAGGUUCCGUUUGGAAGUCAAUGGGUUUUCAGUUAGACGCCUGAAAUGAGUUGUGUGUCAGAAAGAGACUUUACAGUGUUGUCAUCCUGCUUGUGAAUUUUGAGGCUUUUACAUGUUUUUUAAAAAAGGUCUGGCUUACGCUUCUAAAAUCAUAGUGAUGAUAAUUUGUGAAGAGCAUCUUACUAACAAGACAGGUGGUAUGAUAAACGUUCGUUGGCCAGGACUCAUUUUCCACAAUAAUCGAAAAACUAAAGGAACAUUUGCUAAAUGCUUAUUUGUAGGACUACAAAAUACUUCAACCCUGCAGCACUCAGUUCUCUUUUCCAAUAUGUUUUGGCAGUUGCUUGUAUCUACCAAGUCCAGGCUGUGUUUAUAAGUGGAGCCAUUUCAUUCAAGGUUUAUUAGGAUGUUAGAAUUUCUAUACUGUUGCCGUCGUGUGUGUGGAAACGUGUAUGUGUAUGCAAAGGUGCUACUGUGAAACUUAAGCCACAAUCCUGAGUCAGAUCACGGUCGGAAAACACAUGUUAUAGUUCAAUAGCAUAGACCCGAAAGGAAAAAAACAUUCCUAGGGCUAUGAACAUUUAAUAUAUAAUCUAAGCCAUUAAAUCAAAAUCAGCUAUUUUAUUGAGUCUGUCACAGGAAGUUUUAUAUUUCUGCAAGGUAAACAAAAUAAAUGCAGUCGUCAAAUGUACUUUUAAAGUGUACAUUUUAACCAAUCAGGUGUGAUGGGCCCAACGUCUCCUCUCAUUCAUGUGAAGCAAGGACGAAUGUGAAUGAGUUGGGAAUUCCUUUUAUUAAUUAAAAUGUGUCGCUUUCUCUGUGGUUAUUUCUCCAUCUGCAAUACAGGCAAUGACAUAUUUAUGUUAAAUGUCUGCAAGAAAAAGAAAAUUGCUGUAAUUUGGAGUUCCCCUCAUCUCACGAGCUCCACAGCAUCUUCAACACGAUAAAACAUAUGUUCCAAAUCUUGCAAAUAACAAAUGUGGUGCUUUGCAAAAAGAGAAACCAUGGAACAUGAAGAAUUGAAAUAAAACCUCCUGGUAUCAAA